AUGACUUUCUCUCGCAAGAGCGGCUUAUUGUCACUAUUCGCCUUUGUGGGCGGAAGCAGUGCAUCAAAUCCCAUCGGAGGUCCAAUCACUGGUGAUAUGACCAAGUACGAGACCACAGUCUCGGGUAAUCCUAGCUUGACGGUCAUCACUGCCGAUAUUGUUGCACCAAGCGGUUCGACUGCAGUGAUUGAUCUGGCUCUAAUUACCCCUGGGAGGUCGAGCACGCCUAUUUUGUCCGCUACAUUUUCAACUCCUUGUCUGUCAAGUUCAUGCCCGGUGACUUUGACUCCAACCAAGUUCCCACCGGCCGUGCCGACAUGGAUCCAGCAUUUAGAGACCACGGUGACAGUCCCUGCGUCAUCUACCCCUGUAAUCCAUUUUAGUCCUAUUGUGCCCGGAGAGGCUUCGCCAACUUCGGAGCUUCGUUCAUCCGCCGUCAAGACAAGCGCUGGAAUAGGGAAAGAAACUGGGUCAGCCGGAUCGCAAAGUCUAUAUCCUACCAGUACUACUACUCCAGCUUUGGAAACCCCUUCUACGAUCCUGCCAGCUGGGGUUUUGACUAGCCAAAGACCCCAGGAAAGCCCGUCAUCAUCAGGCGUUGCCUCUGAGAAUCCACCUGAAUCACCCAACCAGAGUCCUGCCGGCUCAGCUAGUCCAUCUCAAUCGACACCUCUUGCCCCUGGUACUGGUGGACAGCCUUCAUCCAGAACACCCUUGCAGCCAGGCCAGUCAGCUACCUCUCUGGCUACACCUGAUAUCAACACCAAGACCAGGACUGAAACUGCCUUGACCAGUCCCUCCCAAUCGACGCCUAUAGCCCCUGGUACUGGUAGACAGCCUUCGGCCAGCGCGCCCUUGCCGUCUGGCCAGUCAUCUACUCCUCUCGGUGCACCCGAUACCCAAACAGAGAGCACCCCACCCAGUCCCUCGCAGUUGACUCCUUCUGGCCCCGGUGCUAGUCCUCAACCACCGACCAAUACCCCGGUAACCAGUGGUCAGCCUUCAGCCAACACGCCCUUACAGUCGGGACAUUUAUCUACGCCGCUCGCUACACCCAAUUCCAAUGCCGAGAUUUCAGGGACUACACCCACACCUUCGAGUGGAGGAAUCACCUCUGGGCCUAUUGCUCAGUCAAGGAGUGGCAGUCUCUCUGAUAAUCCUGGCCAGUCGACCAAUGGUAGUCCCUUCGGUCGUAACCCAACAAGCACGAUCACAGGAUCUAAUGGCUCAAUCCUUGGCAUUCAUGGGACUACCUCGUCCCCAGACUCUUCGCAGCCAAUACAAUCUGGCAAUCCCUCGAGCGGGCGACGUUUAACUGGCACUUCAUCCGCUGAAGUUGCCGCGAUACUUUCUCUUCACCCGACAAAUACAGCUACAGAGGCCUGGGAUGAUUUGAAGGAUGAACUGUCCCAAAUUCCUACUACUGCUGCUGCUACCACUGGAAGUGCGGAAGCCACUCAAGGGGUAGCAGUCGCGGCGUGGAUUGGCAAGCUCGGGAAUAAUAUCAAGGCUGCCGAUCUCAAAGACAAAGGUACCUGGACCGAGGUCCAUGAUGACAUUGGUAAGGCCAAGGAUCGCGUUGAAGACUAUGUCAAGGAGCGGACGAGUAAUGAUAACUCCGGAGGAGGAUCAUCGGAGACUGGCUGCUCCUCAGGUACAGGGCUGCUCAAUCUGUUCAAAGCUGCUAGCUGUGUCAUUAAAGAAGCACAAAAUAGCCUUAAGCAAGGCGUGAAAGAUAUUGGGAAUUCUAUCAACGCAGGGUGGGACCUCACCAAACAGGGCCUCAGUGAGUUAGAGGCUGAGAUGCCCGAGGUAGACCAGAUGAACACUGAGACAGAGGCGAAAUUCAAGAACGAAUUCGACAAUAUUUCUGAAGUUGCCCAAGAGCUUGAAGAAUUGGAAAAAGAAGAGGAGAAGAAAACGGAGUCCUCUUCCCAAAGUUCUGACUCCACAACGUGCACGUCCACCAAAACAGUUACAGACUGUUCGUCUACUACCCUUCUUGUCACUACCACAACCACUGGAAAUGAUGGCUCAGCGACUCCAUCCACAAGUACAACCACGACAAACCAGUGUUCAACUCAUGUUGGCUGCGACGUAACUGCCACCACCAUGAUGACCACUCAAACUACCGGGUCAGCUUGCAAUAUAGACGACAUGACAGACACUACAUUCUCAAUCACAGCACCGACAUACACAAUCACCGACGGAUGUCAAACAAUCACUGGAACCAUUACCCUACCUUCCUUCCGCGGAACCCAGUCGCCAGAUAGCACUACCGCUAGUCUCACUCCUAUACCUUAUGCCAGCCUCGGAUCGGAAUUAGCCUCAAGCUCGGUAACAACGCCGGCCUCAUCCAGUUCCGCCUCGACCACUCAAGCAACCACCACAUCAUCGGACAUGUGCGAGCUUCAGGUGUUUGCCAGCACUUAUUCCGUCUGCAGUUGCUCAUCCACAUAUGGUGGUCAUACUUUGUCGCAUGCAAUGAUAAAGCCGAGCAGCAAGGAGUGCAGUGACAUCAAGACCUUCCCAAUGAUGAGCUUUAUUCAGGUCCCAACAGCGACUCCGACCUCGACUAUGUGCUCCCAUACCCACCAAAAUAUCGACGGCAACACCGGUGCCUUCUGCUAUUGCUCUACAACCUCGGAAAGCGAGGCCAUUGCUAAACUUCCCUAUACGAUGGGAUCGAUGACAGUCCUGUAUAACUGUGCACUCAUCACCAAGUGGCCAAGCUCGACAGUCUCCGAAAGUGCUGCUGAACAGACGCAGCCUACCGUCACCAUGUCAGAUUACACCUCUACAGAUAUAGGCAAUGGCAACGUAUUCGUUUUCAGUGCUGGGAAAGAGUACUUGGACUACAAUAAAUAUGGGAUUUCUCAGACCGGGCCAAUAACAAUGACAACCGGUCUCGGCUCCCCUAUCGAGGAAAUCGUCCAUGACUGGACGGAAACGAAUGGGCACACCGAAUAUGUGUAUGCUACGGCGACCGGCGCCGAUAGCGAAGACAUGAAAGGUGUGGGCCAGCCGACAAAGACUAUUGUGGCAUAUGCCGCCACCGGCACCGGCGACCCAAUGAAGGAGUUCUAUAUUGGAAUGCAUAUCCAGAACGCCGGUUUAAUCAGCAAUCAAGAGUGGGCGGUGUGGAAUCCCAGUCCUGGAAAGAAAGUAAACGACUGGUGCGAUGGGUUCGUUGGGAGCGAGAAAGUUCCAGACUCUAAGGACCUAAAUGAAAAGUCGUGGCCUCCAACUUUGGAUUUCAAUGAUAUCCAAUGGGGCGAGAAGCCCGCAAGGCCGGACUGCAAAUAUACCGCAGGGUCAGGCGGUGCUGGAACUAUUAGUUGUGAUGGCUCGGAGCCUAUCGACUGCUCAGAAGCCAAGUCUAGUGAUGGAGAGGAUUUCUGUGGCGCUGCCGGAUCUCAAGUCACUGCAUGGUCCCAAGGCAGGGUUCAUUGCAUAUUGUAUUAA